UUCAGUUGUAGUGUUGUGAACAGUUGUAAAAAUAUAUUUAACUACAUUUAAAUAUGUCUCUUUCAUUAGACAAGGUGUUAGAACUAGUUUUAAAAACUGAAUCUGUACAAGAUCUCAAAGUUUCCAUAUAUUCUUCGAUGAAGUAUGGAACAUUAGUUGGUGCAUCAACAGUUAUUGGUGGUUUACUUGCUGGACCCAUUGGACUUACAAUGGGAGGUGUAGUCAGUAGCAUAAUAAUGGGUUGUUAUGCAAAGGACAAAUUUGAAUCUCUUUCAUAUGUUAUUUAUCAUAGAAUGACACCAGAAGAAAGGCAAAAGAUAUCAAAACAAUUACUGGAAUUUAUUACAAUGAAGAAUAUUUUGACACUUAAUAAUUUAGCACUUUUUUUAGUUGGUGAUGCAAGUUUUGUGCAACAAAUAAUUCAAUUAUUAAUAGCAUAUUUAGCCUCUGAGUUCAAUAUAACUGUUAUACAAAAACAGUAA